AUGGUGACUUUGUUACCUGGUCACGAGUUCUACAACUUGGAAGUUGGUCAUUUGCAUGGCGUUGUUGGGGUAGCAUCCCUUGAUGGCUUCGCCAUAGAGGCCUUGGCAAGUGUGCACUUCCUUGAACACGGAAAGUACAAUGGUAGCACUGUGGAAAUUAAAGGAGUUAUUAAUCAGGAUCAGCAAGUCAGUGAAGUUGCAAUUGUAGGAGGAACUAAACAUUUCCUGUAUGCAACAGGGUACAUGACCUUUACGGGUACCCCGGUUGUAAAUGCAACUGGGCAUAAUGUUUAUAAGUUGGACCUCCACAUUACACAGGACUUACAGGAUGACUACCUUAGUAUUGCUCAGUGUUAA